AUGCAUCUUCUUACAUUCUCCUUACUAGGCUUAGCCUCCGCGGCGACCCUUGCCAAACGUGAUGGUUUCUCUGAUGGCGAACCUAUCAAUGAUGCCACUGGAAAGGGUGCUCCUAUUAUCGGGGGAACCAAUCAUGAAUUGGACUUGCAAAACCCUGACAACUUGGGACGUCAGAGCACGGAUGCCGGCUAUGUUCCCAACCUCAAGUGGAGUUUCUCAGAUUCCAAGACCAACAUCUUUCCUGGUGGCUGGAGUCGUGAGCAGAUAAUCUCAGAUCUUCCGCUGAGCACCGAUAUUGCGGGUGCCCAACAGCAUCUGAAGAAAGGUGCCAUUCGUGAACUCCACUGGCAUCGCACGGCCGAAUGGGGUUACCUUUACAACGGAUCUCUGCUCUUGUCUGCGGUCGACGAAAAUGGCCAGUAUCAGGUUGACACACUGGAGGCUGGUGACGUGUGGUACUUUCCUCCUGGUGUCGCGCAUACCGUCCAGGGUCAGCAGGAUGCGAAUGAAUAUCUUCUUGUCUUCGACGACGGUGACUUUGAGGCUCAGGGGACGACUUUUAUGAUCGACGACUGGGUUGCUCAUACGCCGAAGGACAUCUUGGCGAAGAAUUUCGGGGUAGAUGCCUCCGUCUUCAAUAACGUCCCUUCGACUUUCCCAUACAUUUUGAAUGGUACUAUUAGCAAUGACACUCAUAUUGUCGGCCCAGCUGGCGCUCUCGUGGGAAAUAGUUCUUACGUUUACCAUGCAAAGGAUCACAAGCUUGAGGACGUCCCUGGAGGUGGUGGUACAUUUCGGCGCAUUGAUUCCACCACAUUUCCAGUUGCUAAAACAAUUGCAUCUGGAUUUUUUACUCUGGAGCCAAAGGGUCUACGUGAGCUCCAUUGGCACCCUAAUGCUCAAGAAUGGGUUUACUUUCAUCAGGGAACAGCCCGAGCAACUGUCUUUAUUGGCGGCUCGAAAGCACGUACAUUUGAUUUCCGUGCUGGUGACACUGCAGUUUUCCCUACUAACAGUGGUCACUAUAUCGAGAACACCUCUGAGACCGAAGAACUUAUCUGGAUUGAGAACUUCAAAAGUGAUACUGUUGAAGACAUUUCGCUUACCCAAUGGCUUGCUCUAACACCUCAUGACAUCGUUGCAAAUGUUCUGAAGAUCCCUGUUGAAGUUGUUGAUAAGCUUAAGACCGAGAAGCAGAUCUUGAUCAAGGGAAACUAA